UGCUUGAGAGAUCCUAGUUUCAUGCUGAUAUGCUGAUGCUGGAUAUCGAGCUUUUGAAGUUAAGACAAGACUGUUCUCGGUUUGAACACUAAGAAGCCCGUGCUGCUCUAAGAUCUCCAAACACCCUGCGAAUAGGUUACUCGAGGUGCAAAAGAAGGCCUCUACAAGUUUCAUCACACCCAGUGUGUACCCCUGUCUGCUGAAAAUGACAGACGAAAUGGAGACCUGUGGGUCUUACUACACACCGGACAGGAAGUUUGUGCAGAAGUUUUCUUGCCCAAGGCUGGAGGAGAGCUCUGACCAAGUGUAUUGCUGUGGGUUUGUGGACUUCAAAUACUGUUGCAACGAACCAGGCAAUUAUUUCCCCUAUGAACAUGGAUACAUGUGGACCCUCAGUAUAGGCGCACUGAUUGGACUGGGAAUCGCUGCCCUUGUUCUUCUGGCGUUCAUCAUCAGUGUGUGUGUGCUCUGCUAUCUGUUUCUCCACACCAAGCCUCAGAGGUUAGAUUCUGGGCUGAAGCUACACAAUCUUGAGAAUGCUUCUACAAGAGAAACUAUGAACAACACGAGCAAGCCAGAGGAGAAAAGAACAGGCUCAUUGUCCAGAGGAGAGACAUCAUCUGGGGCUGUAAAAAUGAUUAAUGAAAAACUGCAGGCUACUGUGACACAACUGGAAGUCACGAGUAUCUAGCAACAAGCAACAAGCAACACUUGGGGAUACACAAAACAAAAAAAACAUGUAAAUAAAGUGUAUUGCGACACAAAUGUAUUCCUCUGAAACAAACAUUUCAGCCAGUCUGUUUCAGUGCCUUACACAUGGCUAUGUGUAUGCUCUAAUAAUAUACACUUUAAAAUAAUAAUAUAUGUAUCUGUGAACUUCUGCCUAAAUUAUUGGGUGAUUAUAUGUUCUUGCUAGUUCAUUGAUAUUGUAUUGUGUCAUGUUUUUGACAUACAUAGGUUGAAGAUACUGUAGGUUUGGGCCCAUGAACACCAUAAAAUGAAUACAAUUUUACACAGUGAAGAAUAAGACUUUAAAUUCAGUAACUUGAAAGAGCUUGAUCGUGGUGUUCCAUGAAGCACAAAUCCUGCUUCAUCAUUGCCCAGACCUUAACAGUCCUCCCACUUUUGGGCAUUAUUGACUUUUUUCAAACCACAGAAUGUGAAAUGUUUGAUAAAGCCUGUUGUGAAUAUGUAAGGUUAUGAUGGAAAUUAAAGAGGAACAUCAAAACAUAUUUUAAGCAGGAUACAUUUUCUACAAGACCGAUCUCUUGAGAUUCACCACACUUGACUGAAGAUCAUUAGCCAAGGAAGAAUGCUUUUUUGUAAUAUUACAAAGUGACAUUAAACAUUGUAAAUAUUGUAAUAAUAGAGGUAAAUCUCCAGAUUCUUGUCCCAGUCUGGUUUGCCUGUAAAUGAACUGUGAUCGUGGUGGUCUCAAACACUAUAACAAUGUGCUUAUUAAACGAGAUGUAGCACAUGUGAGCGAGGUUUUAUGUUGUCGAGAGCCAUCAUAGCCUGAUUGUUUGAUUCCUAAGGCCCUCCUCCAGCACAUUCAUUGACUUGCUUUGUGACCUGUGUGCUGUAUAAGCCACUCUAUUGCUUUGUGUCAGAACUAUCCAUCUGAGCUGUAAAAUAGUGUUCAAGCAGCAGGGCCUACUGGAAAUGUGAUGUUGCAUCUUGGUGGCUUUAGAUUGGACGGCUUGUUUUUAGGCAGCAACAAGAAUCAUUCUUUGAGUAGUUUAUGUUGUUAAAAAUAAUAAAAACAAAUUAAAGCACUCUCUGGAAAAGCAUAGAUUCAUCCCCCAUACGAGCAAUAGUAUUCAGCAUGAGGUCAAAUAGUCCUACAGCUAUGGCCAAAAGUUUAGCAUCACCCUAUAGAAUUAACUAAUUUUACUUCAUAAAGUCGAAUUAAACCUGCUAAAUAACAUUACAGAAUUGAACAUAAAAUACUACUAGUACAGCUUCCAUAUAUCACUUUGUAGUUUAUUUGAUUACACAAUGUUAAAUAAAAGAUCUAAAUUAUGUUCAUAUAGUUUUUAUUUUUAUUAUGUCUCUAAAAUGAUGCUAAACUUUUGGCCAUAGCUGUAGUCAACAAAGAAAUGAUGAAGUGGCAAUGAACUACUUGGGAGUGUUACACCUCCUGAUUACACCUACUUUGUGUGGCAGGAAAAACGUUUUCAUCUGAAGUGAAAAGGAUGUCUGUUUAUCAAAAAGAUCAAUGCCGGUAGCAAAACGACAGAUAAGAAAGUGUAUUUUAAAAGAUUUACACCUUUAAAAGCACACAUUACCAAACACUGCAACAGCCAUAAACUUGUCUAUUACAAUUUAUCUUUGCACAUU